ACUUUCAAAACAAACAAAAAACCUCGAAAUAUUCAUGAAAAAUGAUUCAAAUCGAAGAAAUAUCGCAGAAAUUCACCCGAAUUUAUCAUACUGUUGAUGAUAUAAAGAAUUUCGCGUUACGUAUUCGUUUGAUUGAUGAAACAUCUCCGGACGACGAAGAUGUUUCCACAUUCAAAUGGCAGCAGAAACGCUUUUCGCAUCAAGAACGCGAGAGAUUUCAACGCGCUGAAAACUGCCUCACCGAUUUAGACAAAGAAUAUCAUCAACAAAUUUUAAAAGAAACCCGUCGGGGACGUGGAACACAACAUUCAAUAUCCACAAUAUUUUCUUAUGUGGAAAAAGACGGUCACACGCCGCCAGAGAUAAAUUUUACGCGAAAAAGUCGCAAAAAUCCUGCGAAACCCGACAAUGAAGAUAUCCAACAUAAUAUGCUGAAUAAAAUGAUGGAUAAGUUAUAUCUACACUCGAAAGAUGAAGAAACUGACGCAGAAGAAGAAGAAAACGAAGAGAAAACUAAAAAUUUUGAUUAUUUUGAUCUUUUAAGUGAAAAUAUCAAAAACCCAGUGUUAAAUAUGGAUUUUUCCGAUUCUACCGAAACGAAAACAUUUUACAUCAUGGCGGACUUCGGAGAAUAUUAUAAUUCAACAUGGCUGCCAUCCGAAUACAUCCUCUGCACAAUAAGUUACAAUUCCCAGUCAAAAAUGUUGAAAAUCACGCCGGAUUUUACGACUUUCGACGGUUAUCAAUUGAAAGUCACAUCGGACGAGACUAAAACUUAUACUUAUUUCAUCGAAAACGCCUCACUUGAUGGUGUAACACGAAAAAACAGCGAAAUUAACAAAGAAGUCUUAAUUCUAAACCAAAUGAAUUCAUCAGCAAAGACGAAUAUCACGCAUCUGCAGCUCGAACAUUUAUCCUGGAACCUUUCCAAGGACACAGCGUACAUCCACGUGGUCCUGGAAAUCCUCUCCGGAUGGAAUUUCGAGAAUGACAAUGUCUUCGUUCGUUAUUGGCUGGUUUUGAACGGCUGGCAGCUAAAAAACGUCGAAAAUUCGAAUGGGGAUAACUUACAGGGUGUUACCAUAGCAUCCAAGUCC